AUGUCAGUAACAAUAUCACGUUUCUUUUUGUAUAAGCUGAAAAUGUUGAGAAACGAUGGUCAUCACUUCGAGACAUGUUUAGUCGUGAAGAAAGGAGAAAAAAACUGCCACCAUCAGGAUCAGGCAGUAGCGAAAAUAAAGAGUGGCACCUGUACCGAUCACUACUUUUCCUAUCUUCAUAUAUUGCUCAUAGAAAAAAAUUUGAGCUCCCAACCAGUGCACUUUCAGCAAGCCAGUUCCCAGCAGGUUCAUUCAUUGGAAAAAUAUGAUGAUCAAGCUAUAGAUGAGACACCGCAGGAAAUAUGGGAAUAUGUACCAGUGGUAGAUGAUAUUUCUGAUAAAUCACAGAUCAUCGACAAUGUUGUUGAAUCUUGUCCUGAAUCUAUAAGAUCAUUAUCAACUGGCAAUAGAUCUAGCUCAUUUUCGUCUUGCACAUCAACACCACUGAUUUCACAUAUAAAACCAAAAUCGAAACAAAUCGUACCUCCAAUGGACAAUUUUGCACAACGAAAAAAGAAAAAAAGUGCUCUUUUAGAUGAUACACUUGCAGAGACAGGUGUUGCAAUAUCUGAUACAAUGAAUACUUUUUCAACACUGAUUGCCAAUACAAAUAAAGAAAAGGAUGGAUAUAUGCUUGCAAUAGAAAAAGGGUUGAGACAUAUCCCUGGGAAAAGUAGAACCCAAUGCAUCAUCGAGUUCAACGAGUUACAGUUGGAAAUUGCCGAGUUAUUAGAGCUUUCGAGUGAGUUAGAAAAUGUCGGAGAUCUUAAAAUCGAACAAGAAACCGAAUGUGCGGCUUUCGAAGAAAAUUAUUUUAGUACUGCCGGUAAGAUCGACGCUUUGAUAGCUUCCUCGUCCGUGUCGGCGAGUGCAAAUAGUAUGCAAAAUAGCACGUCAGACGCCCAUGUGACAGAGCAGUCGCAAAUCGUUCAAGGUGAUGUUCGCCAAGUUCAUUUACCGAAAAUCGCGAUACCGAAAUUUAGCGGUAAUUAUGAGGAUUGGUAUCCCUUCUACAACACGUUCGAAUCUAUGAUUCAUUUGAAUACGAAGUUAACGGAUAUUCAGCGUUUCCAUUACUUGAUCUCUUCUCUCGAAGGUGACGCCGCCCACGUUAUUAAGUCAAUACAAAUCACUUCUGAUAAUUAUCGUGAGGCCUUAGACCUAUUAAAGCAACGUUUUGAUGAUAAAUCUGUCAUUUCGCAAGAGCAUAUCAAGUCAUUAUUUAAUUUGCUUGCGGUGUCAAAAAGGGAUCAUGUAGCAUUGAGAAAGUUAGUGGAUGACGUGUUGCGCCAUUUGCGUUCCCUGAAAGGCUUAGGCAGGCCAGCUGAGCACUGGGACGAUCUCAUUAUCCAUUUAAUCAUUACAAAACUAGAUUCGAGUAUUAUUAGUGAUUGGAAGGAUCAUAUUCAAACAGGCGAAAUGCCUACGUUAAAGCAAUUCACUGAUUUUCUUUCGCACAAAUGUAAAACGAUGUCAAUUAUAUCAAACAACGCAGUCACUGACGCAGCCGUUUCAAAUCCGCGUAAAACCGGUAAAACAUCCAAUGUACACGUAUCUGCUAUCAAUAUUUGCUGCGCUUAUUGCAAAGAAAAACAUUAUAUUUUUCAAUGUCCAACCUUUUUAAAAUUAUCACCAGAAGAUAGAAUUAAACAAGCCAGAAUAAAAAGGUUAUGUCUCAACUGCGUACGCUCCACCUCUCAUCAAGCCAAAGAAUGUAGAUCGUCUACGUGUCAAACAUGCUGCAAAAAGCAUAACACGCUACUUCACAUACAGGAUAAGUCACAGUCGAAGGAAGAAUCUACGGAUCAGCUCAAUCAAGCAAGUAAUGCUGGCGUCGUCGUCUUAGCGCAUCAUGUUGUUCCAGAUAAGUAUCAGCAAGUUAUAUUAUCCACAGCAAUUGUCAAGGUUUGUGAUCGAAGUGGCAACAUGCAUCCAUGUCGAGUACUAUUAGACUCAGGAUCUCAAUCCAAUUUUAUUACUGAUAAUCUCGCCAAGGCGUUGAAUCUCAUUAAGAAACGAGCCCAUAUGUCCGUUACAGGAAUAAACAAAUCUCAGACUCACUCCGAGCACGUAGUCAAUGUACGAAUCAAAUCAAUGCAUACUUCCUUUUCACAGAACAUCGAAUGUCAUGUAUUGAACAGUAUUACGGGCAACCUGCCUCCAGCACGUAUUAAUGUCAACGACUUCAAGAUACCGAACAAUAUACGGUUAACUGACCCUCAAUUUCAUACACCAGGCGCAAUAGACAUACUCAUUGGCGCUGAAAUUUUCUGGCAGUUAUUAUGUGUGGGUCAAAUAUACGUGGAUACGAGUCUGCCGAUAUUACAGAAAACCCAGCUGGGUUGGAUCAUCGGCGGUAAGACAUACAAUGAUGGUCCGAUAAGGUCCGAAAUAUGCACGUUGUCAAUCAAUCAGCAAAUCAAUCAAGCAGUAAACAAGUUUUGGGAAAUGGAGCUUAUCACUAAUGAAGCAACGCUCAAUCCUGACGAGAAGAAUUGUAUGGAACUUUUCACAGAAACUACCACAAGAACCGCAGAUGGACGUUUUGUCGUACAAAUGCCUGUCAACGAGGCUAAAUUGCAGCAAUUAGGUGAAUCUCGUACCACGGCGCUAAGUAGAUUUCUUAGCUUGGAACGUAAAUUACAAAAACAGCCAAUAAUCAAGGAUCAGUAUGUUCAAUUCAUGAACGAUUAUCAUGCCUCAGGGCACAUGAAACGCAUCAGCAACGAGCAAGAAUUGGCGCUCAAUCCGCGCUAUUACAUACCUCAUCACGCUGUAUUGAAAAGUGAUAGUUUGACAACGAAGCUUUGGGUAAUAUUUGAUGCGUCGUGUAAGAGCAGCAGCGGAGUGUCUCUUAAUGAGUGUCUAUCGGUGGGACCUACUCUACAAAAGGAUUUGUUCUCAAUUCUGCUACGUUUUCGUACCUUUCAAUAUGUCAUUACAGCUGAUAUUACUCAAAUGUACCGCCAAGUGCUAAUAGACGAGUCGCAAACAUCACUUCAGACAAUUCUCUGGCGAACUGAUUCAAGUGAAGAGAUAGCAGCAUUCGAAUUGAAAACCGUGACCUACGGCAUAGCAUGUGCCUCCUUUCUAGCAGUAAGAACUAUGCAGGAAUUAGCCAACAUAUACGCAUCGUCUUUUCUAGUGGGUUCCAGCACAAUUAUCAACGAUUUCUAUGUCGAUGACCUGUUAUUAGGAGUUGAUACUGAACAGAAAAUCAAAACAAUACGAGACGAAACCAUCAAGGUACUGAGCUUUGAAGGCUUUCAUCUUAAGAAGUGGUCGUCCAAUUGCUCUAAGCUACUACAGGACGUACCUUGUGCCGAUGUUUGCGAACCCGUUCAUUUCAUCAAUCUUGAGGAGGAAGUGCCUACGUUGGGUAUGCAUUGGAACACGAAAAAUGACGAAUUUCAGUAUCACAUCAAUCUCUCUAGCCACUCAAGAGUUACGAAACGCAUCAUGUUAUCUACAUUAUCAAGGAUAUUCGACCCUUUGGGUCUUUUGGGGCCUAUAACACUCAUAGCCAAGAUGCUUAUACAACAAGUCUGGCGGCUUAAUUUGGAAUGGGAUGAAGUCGUACCUAUGAGUUUACACACCUCUUGGGUGAAAUUCGAAUCUCAAUUAAGUAUGAUUACGAACUUCAAGGUUCCACGUUACGUAGCAUGCAAGGACGCAAUCAACAUUCAGAUCCAUGGUUUCUCAGACGCGAGUGAGAAGGCCUAUGGAGCCUGCGUUUAUCUUAGGGUCACUGAUACAAAGAAUCAAACUUUUACGCGACUACUGUGCUCAAGAUCUCGCGUCGCUCCUUUAAAGGCAAUUACUCUACCGCGAUUGGAGCUGUGCGGAGCACUACUGCUGGCACAAUUAGUGGACAAGGUGUUGAGUGCCAUACGUUUCAAACCGAAGGCGGUAUACUAUUGGACGGACUCCACGAUAGUGAUACACUGGAUAAAGGCUACGGGAAAGAAUUGGAAUGUUUUCGUUGCUAACAGGGUUAGUGAAAUCCAUCGAUUAUCACAAGCAGACAGCUGGUUUCAUGUUGCUACAGAGUGCAACCCAGCUGAUUACAUAUCCAGAGGUGCCUUUCCUUCUACCUUAAUCAAUUCUACCCUCUGGUGGUUUGGCCCACCAUGGUUAGGGGAGGAGGCUCACAAUUGGCGCACAGAUAUUCCGCCUGUGUCACUCAGCGAUUUGCCAGAACAGAGGCAUAUUAUCAAGACUAUGAUCAGUGCCAAGGAUGAACCAGACUUAUUCGAAAGGUUCUCAUCCUUGAAUAAGUUAAUUAGAGUCAAUGCUCUUUGUGUAAGGUUUGUAAAUAAUGGAAAAGGUCAAGCAACCAAAAGUGUAGGGCGCAUAACCACUCAAGAACUAUUGAAUUCUAAUUUGAGUCUCGUGAAAAUGGUACAGCGGACCGCAUUUCAACAGGAUCUACACGCACUAAGGACACAAGGAAGCGUAUCGCGAAGGAGUCUGGUCAACUUCGCAAAAAUAGUAAAAGCGUAUGUUGCUGUUUUCAUAUGUCUAUGCACAAAGGCCGUCCACAUAGAAUUAGUGAACAAUCUUUCCACUGAGGUGUUUCUGAACGCUCUUAAACGUUUUAUUGCCCGUCGAGGCAAGGUAUGUCAUAUAUACUCCGACAAUGGUACAAAUUUUCAAGGAGCAUCAAACACCUUGAAAGAACUUUACCACAUGCUUCACAGUAAGGAUCAUCAAAAUAAGUUAGAUAACUUACUCAACGAGGACCGCAUUAGUUGGCACUUCAUACCCCCUCAUGCUCCACAUUUUGGUGGCAUCUGGGAAGCUGCUGUCAAAUCCACAAAAUUUCAUUUAAAGCGCGUCAUCGAUGACGCAGCAUUAACAUUCGAAGAAAUGUGCACUGUGCUUGCUCAAAUCGAGGCAGUAUUGAACUCGCGUCCAAUCACACCCUUAUCGAGCGAUCCUAAUGACCUAUCCUAUUUAACCCCUGGACAUUUCCUGGUUGGAGGCGCGCUUACAGCUGUUCCGCAGCAAGAUGUCACACAUCUACCUGACAAUAGGCUUUCACGUUGGCAACGAGUUAGCCAAAUAUUUCAACAUUUUUGGAGACGAUGGAGUCGUGAGUACUUGCAGCAAUUGCAGCAACGCACUAAAUGGCGACAAUCAAAGGGGUUGCACCCUGUUAUUGGCGAUAUGGUUAUGAUGCAAGAGAAUGAUUCAUUGCUUCUCCGAUGGACAAUCGGACGCAUAAUAGACGUCUACCCUGGCGCAGAUGGAAUUCCCAGAGUGGUUUCAAUUCUCACCGCCAAAGGAACGUUUAAGAGACCAAUAACCAAAAUUUGCGUACUACCACUUCGCAAGGAAAAUUAA